AUGUCAAGAACUGGAGUAUUAGUAUUAGGACCUGCAGGUGUAGGUAAAUCCACAUUUUGUAAUUCCAUGAUUGCGUAUAUGCAAUCUAUAGGACGUAGGGCCCAUAUUGUCAACUUGGAUCCAGCAGCCAACCCAACCGAAUACGAAUUCACAAUCGACGUCAAGGAUUUAAUAUCAUUACAAGAUGUCAUGGAAGAGAUGGAAUUAGGACCAAAUGGAGGGUUGGUUUAUUGCUUUGAGUUUUUACUAAAUAAUCUCGACUGGCUAGAUGAAGAAAUUGGUGAUUACAACGACGAGUACUUGAUUUUUGAUUGUCCUGGACAAAUCGAACUAUAUACUCAUAUACCAGUAUUGCCAACUAUAGUAAGACACUUGCAGACAUCAUUGAAUUUCAACUUAUGUGCCACCUAUCUAUUAGAAGCUCCAUUUAUCAUUGAUAACUCAAAGUUCUUCUCUGGUGCCUUAAGUGCCAUGUCAGCCAUGAUUUUAUUAGAAUUACCACACAUUAAUAUAUUAUCCAAAAUUGAUCUAGUGAAAGAUGAAUACAGCAGGAAACAGUUGAAGAAAUUUUUGAAUCCUGAUCCUUUAUUGCUUGCAAAACAAGAAGACUACAUAAAUCCCAAAUUUGCCAAAUUGACUCAAUCGAUUGCUAAUUUGGUCGAUGAUUUUGGAAUGGUGCAGUUUUUGCCAUUGGAUUGUUCAAAGGAUAGCAGAAGUGUAGAGACAAUUUUAAGUUAUAUUGAUGAUGUAACACAAUGGAGCGAGGCUCAAGAACCAAAAGAGCCUCACGAUGAAGUCGAGUUACCAGAUGAGGCAUUUUAA